AGGAAGAAGCUCAAGUACCAUGAAGGACCUGAGACGGGUCCACAGGAGCUGACGGAGGCUGACAGGGAGAUUCUUCUGAAGCUGGGCAGGAUGGCCUUUACUCAGAUCUUUAAAAGAGAGUCUGUGAUCUUCCAGAAAGCCGUCUACAGCUUCGUCCAUCUGAGUGUUCAGGAGUUUCUGGCUGCAGUCUUCAUGUUCCACUGUUUCACCAACAGGAAGACAGACCAGCUCAAGACCUUCAUUGUAGAGGUUCAUACUUUCAUAUCUCUCGAUGUUUUCCUGAAGGUCGUCCUUCAGAAAUCCCUCAGAAGUCCAAACGGCCACCUCGACCUGUUUGUUCGCUUUCUUCAUGGCCUCUCUCUGGAAUCCAACCAGAGACUCUUAGAAGGUCUGCUGGGUCAGACAGAGAUCAGUCCAGAAACCAUCCAGAGAGUCAUCCAGAACCUGAAGGAGAUCAACAGUUAUAAAAUGUCUCCUGACAGAAGCAUCAACAUCUUCCACUCUCUGAUGGAGAUGAAGGACCUCUCAGUACAUCAGGAGAUCCAAGAGUUCCUGAAGUCAGAGAACAGAUUGGAGAAGGAACUCUCUGAGAUCCACUGCUCAGCUCUGGCCUACAUGCUGCAGAUGUCAGACCAGGUCCUGGAGGAGUUGGACCUGAAGAGGUACAACACAUCAGAUGAGGGACGACGGAGACUGAUCCCAGCUGUGAAGAACUGUAGGAAGGCUGAUCUUUCUUUCUGUGGACUCUCUGAUCCUCACUGUGAAGUGAUCUCCUCAGCUCUGACCUCUGACCCCUCCCAUCUGAAACAUCUGGACCUGAGUAAGAACUAUCUGAAGGAUUCAUCAGUGAAGAUUCUGAGUGCUGGACUGGAGAGUCCAAACUGUAACCUGGAGACUCUGAGGUUGCAGGGCUGCAGUUUGUCAGAGGUCAGCUGUUCUUUUCUGGCCUCAGCUCUGAAGUCCAACCCCUCCCUGGAGAAACAUCUGGAACAUCUGGACCUGAGUUUGAACCCUCUUCAGGAUUCAGGAGUUUCUCAGCUGUGUGGUUUUCUGCAGAGUCCACUCUGUGGUCUGCAGACUCUGAGCUUGGAGAGAUGCAGUAUGUCAGAGACCAGCUGUUCUUCUGUGACCUCAGCUUUGAAGUCCAACCCCUCCCUCCAGGAACAUCUGGAACAUCUGGACCUGAGUGACAAUUGUCUCUUGGAUUCAGCAGUUUCUCAGCUGUGUGGUUUUCUGCAGAGUCCACUCUGUGGUCUGAAGACUCUGAGCUUGAUGAGCUGCAGUUUGUCAGAGAUCAGCUGUUCUUCUCUGGCCUCAGCUCUGAAGUCCAACCCCUCCCUCCAGAAAAAUCUGGAACAUCUUGACCUGGGCUGGAACCCCCUGCAGGAUUCAGGAGUUUCUCAGCUGUGUGGUUUUCUGCAGAGUCCACUCUGUGGUCUGCAGACUCUAAGGCUGAUGAGCUGCAGUUUGUCAGAGAUCAGCUGUUCUUCUCUGGCCUCAGCUCUGAAAUCCAACCCCUCCCACCUGAAGGAGCUCUACCUGAAUUACAACCAGCUGCAGGAUCCAGAUGUGCAGCAGCUGGUUGCUCUCCAGCAGAGUCCAGACUGCAGCCUGCAGACUCUGAGUGUUUCUUUCUGUGGACUCUCUGAUCCUCACUGUGAAGUGAUCUCCUCAGCUCUGACCUCUGACCCCUCCCAUCUGAAACAUCUGGACCUGAGUAAGAAGUAUCUGAAGGAUUCAUCAGUGAAGAUUCUGAGUGCUGGACUGGAGAGUCCAAACUGUAACCUGGAGACUCUGAGGUUGGAGGACUGUGGUUUGUCAGAGAUCAGCUGUUCUUCUCUGGUCUCAGCUCUGAAGUCCAACCCCUCCCUCCUGGAACAUCUGGAACUUCUGAACUUGGGCAGGAACCCUCUUCAGGAUUCAGGAAUUGAGCAGCUGUGUGGAUUUCUGCAGAGUCCACUCUGUGGUCUGCAGACUCUAAGCAACUCCGUGUUGUUUGAGGUUGCCCGCAACGACGUCGAGCCAUCGGGUGCGGGGUUUCGCUCGUGGUCGUCUCCAGCCCGCGGCCUUUGUGUCAAACUGGAGAAUGGCUCGUGUCAGAUGUUCUGGGGGUAG